AUGGCAGCCUGCUCUUCAAGCUGCUCAGUCUCCAUUUCAUCAUCUGGAGAUAAUGAGUGUACAACCACUAAGGAAACACAAGAAACAGAAACAGCAAAAACACACCUUCUGCGCAUUCGAGAUUGCGGCGAGGACGGACCUCAGGGACGAGACGGAGGACCUAUACCGCAAUCUAGCUUCGUCGAGGGCCCCACCUCCGACGUCGGAGCUGUUAUGGAGGAGAUGCUGAGUGUGGGACGAGUGGACCGCGGAGGACGCGGAGGAAGAGUCCGACAGCACGUCGCCGUUCGAUUGGUGGCCGUUGCUCGCCGCGGCCGGGGGAGGAGGAUGAGGAGCGGUGGUGGACCAGAGGGAGGGGUUGCAGAGUUCGUCGUUCAUGGCGGAGAGGAUCAGGAAGGCGGCUCCGAUAGUCUCCUCGAGGUGCUUUUGGCCCUCGACGGCGAGCUCCUGUGUGGUUCUGGCGGUGUGGCCGGCGGAGGUGGGUGA